GGUACGAGCUCGCCCAGGUCUCACCAUGAAGGAAGCGUGGCCGGACAGCGCUGACACUUAUAGAAGCCGUUCGCGAAAGAAGAAGAAGGACGCCGACAUUGUAACGGAAUUGUUAACUAGGGUGGAGGCUCUUGAGAGAAAUCAGAGGGCACCUGACCAGCCGCUGUUUCUACAGGAUCCACAAGCCGAUGCUGCCCCAUCUCAGCGAAGAAGCAGUGUCGGUUCCUCGCAUCUUGACGGAUGUGGAGGAAGCUACCCCGUGGAUUAUGUCACGGAGAAGACAGAUUGCGAGCUACAUAUGUUAAUCAGGACCGCGUCUGUUAAGGUGGCGGUCGGCUAUGUGUACCCAAGUGAAGAUGGAGCAAUGCACCAUCAUAUGCCCAUUCCACCUGGUUGUGUUCGUGUCGGGGUGGAUGAAGUUGUUUCGGGUUUUGAAAAAGUGGAGCUUGAUAUUCCUAGAGGUGAAGAUGAGAGGACACUGGCCGAUGUCAAGCACGGUUUCGCCCUAUGGCCGAAGAAGUACGUCGUCCUUUUGCAAAGGCCACCGACUCCUACACAUGAGCAGCAAAUGCCAUCGAGUCCUCCUGGUGGCAGUCCUGGUGAGCAGCAAAGUCCACACCUACCUGAGAGGGACCCCAGCGUGAGUCCACCAUCUCGAGAUCCUCCGCGUAAGACAGCGUCCGUUAAGCGGAACGGUACGCCGCCUAGGAAGAAAGCUAGAAAGGAGAAACAACUGCCGCCUACUGAGAAGUUACCUUGGGAAAAAACUCCAGAGGAAAGAGCGGAGGCCGUUCAGGCCGAGGUGAAGAAAUUUUUUGCACCAAAAGUGCCAGAGAUACCUUUCGAGAAGACACUAGAUCCGGUGAAAGUUGUGCGUACCGUUGAGAAUCUAUAUGACCCUGUACCAUCGCCGCCAUCUGACUAUAGGCGUUCUAUUGAAAGGUCGUAUGACAAGAUGAUCGAGGCGACAAAACCCGUUAAAUCGGGUAUCAGGGAGAUAAAAGGGAUACACCAAGUCUACCAGCUCGGACAACAACCCGUUCAAUCGGUCGAGCCUCUCAAGGUGUUUGACGGGAAGGCCGUUCAAAGUUCUCGACAAGACACAACCGAUUACGCCUUGGCUGAACGAGCAUAUCAAUUUGUUCAAGGGAAAGAUUUGGUCGAGAAUCUCAGGAAGCUACCAACACGUAUGCGUAACUUGCAUUCGUGGUACCUUGAUGCCUCAAAGAAAGGGAUCGAGACUAUCAUGGUGCGAGUUGGGGAAGAGCACUACUUCCAGGAAUACUGUGUGAACGUUGACUUCAACGAGCUUUUCCAGUUAUACAAUCUCCGGGCCCUCGACAAAUCUAUCAUCAGUUCCUAUUGUCUAUCGAAGAUACACGAAUGCAAAAGGGAUGAAAUCACGCACAUUGGGUUCAUUGACCCGCACACAAUGCAUGUUAAAACCAUAGAAGAUCCCGUCUAUAACAAGGAUACACCGGAGACUUUGCUAAGGUUUUUGAAGCGACAACGUGACAAAAACCUAAUAAUUUGGCCUUACAACUUCCAGUGAGUCUUACUGUCUUAUAACACAUUAUAUUUUGCUCACCGUAUGUCAAAAUUUUAACUAAUGACUUAUAUAUAUGACACUACAUAUUUAAACGUGCGUAGGUUUCACUUUAUUCUUCUCGUCAUCAAUAUGCAAACUGGAGAAGUUGAA